AUGAGUAAACCUAAACGAAGAGUAACUGUAGAACACGAAAAUUCAGACGACGACCAGCACAAACCCAGUGUUUUUGAAAGACUUGGACCUGGGGCUCGACCCAGAAAAUAUGCAGAAUCAAAUGAGAGGCCUAUAGUUUGUCGUAACUGGCAAGCUAACAGUACAUGUUUUUUUGGUACCAAGUGUAAAUUUAGUCAUCCUCAAUCACUAGCUAAAUCUAGAAGAAGCCAAAGUCCAGACAAUAGAAGACGUGGUAGAAGUUCAAGGUCACGUAGUAGAAGCAGCAGUCGGAGUCGUAGUCAUUCUCAGAGUCGUUCACGGAGCGAGAGUCAGAGUCGUCGGCCAGAGAGGACAACCAAUCGUACAGAGAAGAUGAAAUCAGCUGUAGUGGUACGAAAAGCAAAACAGUUUGAGGCAGAAGAAGAUAGCGAAGAUUCUGGGAGCUGGAAUCUUGACAAGUUGGAUUAUAAGAAGGAACUAGAACUAGAAAAAAAAAGACAACAGUUACAAAGAGAGCUGAGUCAACUAGCUGGUUCAGAGGAGGAACAGGAUAAUAUUAAAAUACAGAAAAGGAUUGGUAAAAAUCAUUCUGAUUCAGACUCAAGUCCUGAAAGGCCUAAAGUAACAAAGAAGGUUUCUAAAGUAUCUCCUUUUAAAAUGAAAUUGGACAAGAAGAAUAAGUUAAAGCCAUCACCCAUGGUCCUGGCUGCCGUCAAACAACGACCUCCUAGUCCUCAGAGAGGGGCGAAGAAGGAGGCAAAAAAGAAAUCAAUUGGAGGGAGUGAUGAUGAAGACAGCCCACGAGCCAAGUUAAAGAAAGCCAGCAAGCUAGCUAUGAAAAUAAUGGCGGAGAAGGCUGCUGAGGCAGAAACCAUUAUGAAAAAGAAGAAACAUUCCCCACGAGCUGACAAAAAGGGUGACAAAGUCCGUGUAAGCAGAUUCUCAGAUGCGACAUCGCCGCUGAAGAAACACAAGUCAAGGUCACCAGGUCAUAGAUCAAGGUCAUCCUCGUCUCCAUCGCCAGUUAAAAAGAAGACUGUAUCUCCUAAAGGAAAGGAUAAGGGUAAAGCUAAGAAAAAGAAGGCUGAACUUCCUGUGUCAUUUGAUCGCAGGUCCCUUUCUCCAAAAAGAAAGAGCAGAUCAAUCAGUAAAGGCAGGAGAGGCAAGGGAAGCAAGAAAAAGUAUGACUCAUCCUCCAGCUCGGACUCUUCGAGUUCCAGCUCAACCAGCCCUGACGUCAAAAGAAAGAAACGCCCAUCCAAUAAGAGUAAGGAACGAGAAAAGGAUUCAUUGAAGAAGGGAAAGAAGGGUCGAAAGAAGAGCUCUGAGUCACCACCACCUCUGAAAAGAGGUUCCCCUCCUCCAAGACCCUCUAGAAGAGAACCCAGCCCAGAUAAACGCAGAAGAGAUGAAGAACCUCCCAGAAGAUUUGAAAGAGGUUCUCCUGAUUCUUUGCGAUCUCAUUCAUCUUCACCUGGACGUAAUCGUGGAAGAGGUAGACACCAGUCGCCAGACGAGAGGCGUAGGAGGGACAGAGAUGAGAUGAUGAAGAAAAGACCAGAAAGAUCCCCAGAGGAACGUAGGGGUAGAGAAGAGGGUAGACGUCCUGACCCCAGAGAAGAAGGGCGGCGUCAAGAUGUUCGUGACGAUUCAAGACGACCUGAUCCAAGGGAUGAGAUGCGAAGACCUGAUGAACGAGAAGACAGAAGGAGGGAUAUGAGCAGAGAAGGACGUGAAGAGAUGCGCCGAGAGGUCCGCGAUGAUCCUCGGAGGAUGGAUGGACGUGAUGAACCCAGACGGGAAAUGAGAGAGGACAUGAGAAGAGAAAGGGGAGACAAUAGAGAUGACCCUAGAAGACCAGACCGAGAUGAGAUUCGCAGAGAACGAAAUCUGGACCCUCGUAGACCAGAGAGGGAUGAAUUCGACAGAGGUGAUUUGAGAGAUCCACGAGAUGAGCUCAGACGACCUGAGUUUGAUCACAGAAGAUCUCCACCAAUUCCCAGAAGAUCAUUGUCUCCAGAUUUGAGACGGGACAGGCCUGGGCGUCCUCAAGAGUUCCGACCAAGCCCUGUAGAACGAGGCAGGUACGAAACCUUCCCGGAUAGAUUUGACCCAGACAGAAGACUUGAAAGAGAUGUCUAUGUUCCCAGAGACAGAAGACUGGAUCCUGGAUUUGACAGAGAAAGAGAUCAUUUGGAUAGAUUCCCACCUGAAAGACCUCCCUUGAGAGAUGACCCCAGAAGAUCACCUCCACCCUAUGAAAGACCAGCAUAUCGAGAUCCCGCCUGGGAUAGAGGACGAGGCAGAGGAUGGAGAGGAAGAGGUCGUGGCCUGGAGGCACCAAGAAGUCGCUAUGUUCCUCCACCAACCUAUGUACGAGGUCGUUAUGCAGCAGAAAGAGAACCCAUUGGCAGAGGUGGCAGGAGAGAAUGGGAUGAAUGGGAGGCAAGACAUGAUGAACGCCUCGAUAUCCCUCCUCGCGAGUUCGACCGACGAUUCGAUGACAGAAUGCUUAGAGAUGAGGGCAGACCACGAGAACCUUGGCCACCUCGAGAUGACAGACGUCCAGAUUUUAGAGAUGAAAGACUCGAUCGUAGAGACAUCUCGCCAUUUAGACGACGUCCUGAGGACAGGACCAGAGAUCCAAGUUUUGACAGAGGUCGCGAAAUGAGAGAUCGAGAAGAAGGUCCUCGUAUGGACAGAGAUGGUUCUCGUGACAGAGGUAGAGAAGAUUUUCGAGGACGUGAUGAUGACAGACGUGGACCUCCAAGAGAUGAACUCGGAAGGAGAAGAGAGGACCGCGAUGAUACUAGAUCCGAAAGAAGUAUGGAUUCACGACGAGAUCCUGGACGACUUGCUCCUGAUGAUGCUACUGGUGAUCGAGCAUCCAGGUCUGGUGAUCGUCCUGCCGAAGGUGGACGUCUAAGAGAUGAUGGUAGUCCUAAAAGUGAACGUAGAGCUACCUCCAGACAUUCUGAAGAUAGAGGCAGCCAUAUUGAACGAGAGUCCAGAGCUAGUGAAAGAGGACGCCCCAGAGAUGAGGAUGGGAAAGACCGAGAUGACAAGUCUAAAGAUGGUGAAGGCAGCUUGUCAAGAAAGCGUCAUAAUGACGAAGAAGACAAGAAGUCCACUGGGAGUUCCCCAGCUCAUAAAAAACCAAGAGAUAACUCUCCAGCCAGAUCUCAGAGAAGUGUAGGAAGUGCUGGAGCCAGGAGUCUGUCCAGCCGCUCAAGGAUCAGGACUCGAGGGGAGGAGCUAAAGAAGGAAGACCGGAGAAGUAGGAGUGGCAGCCAUGGCAGACGAAGAGAUGUUCCAGAUAGGCCUGAAGAAGCAAAAUCAGAAAAGGGAGAUAACCAAUCUGAGAAACCUCUGCCCAAACGCUCCAGAUCAUUGUCCAAUGAAAAAGAAGCCGGUGUUGAUGAUGUAAAAAGGCAGAAGACCUCAGAAGAUGACACCCCUCAACUGCCAGAAGAUAAUCUUGGAGUUCCUGAUUUUGAGGGUCAGUUUUCACCAGACCAUAAAUCUGACAGAUCCUUUGCUGCAGAUAGUCCACCAGACCAGCCUCCAGAGUCUCUGGACCAGUCCAAGGAGGUCUUCAGUGACUGGUCUGAUGAUGAUGCAGAUGAGAUCCUAAUCCAGUCUUGGGACCAGUCCAAAGUGGUCUUCAGUGACCGGUCUGAUGAUGAUGCAGAUGAGAUCCUGAUCCAGGAACCAGCCAUCCGAAGUAUCAAAGAAGAGGAAAGAAGAAGACGCAGUCUGAGUAGAAGUAGUCGUGGCAGCAAAACAAGUCGUCAUGACGAUAAGAAAUCGGAACGAGGUGGAGAAAAGGGACCUGACCCAGAACCACAAGAAAGACCAAGAGUAGACUCGUUAGAAUCUGGUGCUCUAAACAAACCAGAAUCAACCGUUUCUGAUGAUCUCACUAAGAAAGAUUUGGAUGGAAUAGAUGAUGAAGCUCUAGAUUAUGAUUCUAUCUCAUCUGAUGAAGGAAGUUUUCUGGAUGAGGAUGGUGAGAAUAAGAAGAAGGAAAAACAAAGCAUUGUGGAUGUUCUUGAUAUUGACUGGUCAAGCUUACAAACUGACACCAAACCAAAACCGUCAACCGGUUCAGCUUUGAAUCGUUUCAAACCGCACAAUGUGCUGAAACGUCUAGGGGUGUCUAGAGAGUUUGCUGGAGAAGAAUUGUAUCAGAAGGUACAAGAGACGAUUCAGAAGGGACAAGAAGAGGAAGCUACUGUAAAUGGUGAAGCUACAGAAGAAGGUAAAGAAGCAGAGAAACCAAAAUUCAAAUUUGAGCAUGAUGUGGCUUCAUUCCACUGUGCAGCUUUAUCAAGGUUUAAAGAACGAACUAAUCUUUUUAAAAGUGUUGGACGGUUCCGUAGAGCGUUGUGUGCUCGUAAAGAUUUGGAGAUGCGAAGACAGCUGUGCAAAGUAGAUAAGAGGCCAGGAUCCAGCUCGCUAUGUCCACCACGAGCAGUAUGUGCUGAUGACUUCACCUAUAGAAGAAGAAUCAACGGCGAAACCGUUCUGAUGAAGAGGCGAAUCUUCAACUGUCGCUGUGACCUCACUUCCCGAGAGGUCUGCCCCAUUUCUGACGAGACCAUGCUCUACGCAAGCGCAAUCAACAAGCAGUAUUUGUGUCAACCAAUUUCCACCUUACCAAGAUGUAACGAAGAAGAAAAUCCUACAAGAGUUGCCGAGGAAAUGGAACAAAAUUCACCAUCGUUCGAGUACAGAAACUUCUAUAGGAUCAACUGUGUCUGCCCUCGUCAUUUUACCCCAAUGCCCCAAGUUCUUGGCACAUUACAGAGGGCAACCAAAUAUCACCGAACAGAGAUGGAUAUGGUCCAUUUUAGAAUUUUCCAGCAAUAUAUCUGUGCAGUUUAAGCUGAAAACUGAUGCAUCUAAGCAGUAAUAAGUAUGAAGAGUUCUCCCCCGUGUCAUAAAAAAGCGCGGGAAAAACGAAAGUAGUUAAAAUCCAGACGAGAAGUGCAAUAACAUGCUGUUUAUAAUAAUAUCGUUUAAAUUAUAUCAAUUACAAUUUCAAGUUCUAUAUAAAUUCUCUUUCUAGUCAAUAAAAUUUUCUUCUUA